AUGGCUACUGCUGGAAACAAGAGCAUUAACGCGAAAUUGGUGUUACUUGGAGAUGUUGGUGCUGGAAAAUCGAGUCUUGUGUUACGUUUUGUUAAAGAUCAGUUUGUUGAAUUCCAGGAAUCAACCAUAGGUGCAGCUUUUUUCUCGCAAACAUUAGCUGUGAACGAUGCCACUGUGAAGUUCGAGAUUUGGGAUACUGCGGGUCAGGAACGAUACCAUAGUUUGGCUCCAAUGUAUUACAGGGGUGCAGCUGCUGCAGUCAUUGUCUUUGAUGUUACGAAUCAGGCAUCGUUUGAGAGGGCAAAGAAAUGGGUUCAGGAACUGCAAGCACAAGGUAACCCAAAUAUGGUCAUGGCCCUUGCUGGAAACAAAUCUGAUUUAUUAGAUGCAAGGAAGGUGACUGCAGAGGAGGCACAAACAUAUGCUCAAGAGAACAGUCUUUUCUUCAUGGAAACUUCAGCGAAAACCGCAGCUAAUGUCAAAGAAAUCUUUUAUGAAAUUGCAAGAAGGCUACCGCGAGUACAGCCAACAGAAAAUCCAACAGGGAUGGUUCUACCGGAUAGGGCCAUGGAUAGGGCAGUGAGUGCAUCUUGUUGUGCUUAG